AUUAAAAAAAAAAAAGAAAAAGAAUAUCAAUGAGUAUAAGUAUAGUAGCAUAUGUCACCUCCAUUCUUGCAUCAGUGGAACAAUUUCAAUUAGAACCUUGACACAGUUGUCAUCAUAAUAAUCAUAUUCACAUUCUUUGUUCACUCUCGAAAAGAAACGAAUCAACCAUGGCUUCUCGUUUAGAUCUCGACGGUAACCCAAUCAAACCAUUAACAAUCUGCAUGAUAGGUGCCGGUGGUUUCAUCGGUUCUCAUCUUUGCGAGAAACUCUUGUCUGAAACCCCUCACAAAGUUCUCGCUUUAGAUGUUUACAACGACAAAAUCAAACACCUUUUGGAACCUGAAACCCUUCCUUGGAAUGGUCGAAUUUACUUUCACCGUCUUAAUAUUAAAAAUGAUUCUAGACUUGAAGGUCUCAUCAAGAUGGCAGAUCUGACUAUAAAUCUGGCUGCAAUUUGUACUCCUGCUGAUUACAACACGCGUCCUCUUGACACAAUUUAUAGCAAUUUCAUUGAUGCGCUUCCUGUGGUGAAGUACUGUUCUGAAAAUAAUAAGAGGCUUAUUCAUUUCUCUACUUGUGAAGUGUAUGGGAAAACGAUUGGUAGUUUUCUUCCAAAAGAUAGUCCUCUUCGUCAGGAUCCUGCAUACUAUGUGCUUAAAGAAGAUGUGUCUCCAUGCAUUUUCGGUUCAAUCGAAAAACAAAGAUGGUCGUAUGCAUGUGCAAAGCAGUUGAUUGAGAGGCUGGUUUAUGCUGAGGGUGCUGAAAAUGGCUUGGAGUUUACAAUUGUGAGGCCAUUUAAUUGGAUUGGACCCAGAAUGGAUUUCAUUCCCGGUAUUGACGGUCCAAGUGAGGGUGUUCCACGUGUUCUUGCAUGCUUCAGCAAUAAUCUUCUCAGAGGAGAACCCCUCAAGCUUGUGGAUGGUGGCGAAUCCCAGAGAACCUUUGUUUACAUCAAAGAUGCCAUUGAAGCUGUCUUAUUGAUGAUUGAAAACCCUGCCAGAGCCAAUGGCCACAUCUUUAAUGUUGGUAACCCAAACAAUGAGGUUACAGUUAGGCAGCUCGCCGAAAUGAUGAUCCAGGUCUAUGCGAAGGUAAGUGGAGAUCCAACUAUUGAGACACCUACAGUUGAUGUGAGCUCCAAAGAAUUUUAUGGUGAGGGAUAUGAUGACAGUGACAAAAGAAUUCCGGACAUGACCAUAAUAAACAAGCAGCUUGGAUGGAAUCCUAAGACAUCCCUUUGGGACCUGCUUGAAUCGACACUUACCUACCAGCACAGGACAUACGCGGAAGCCAUUAAGUCAGUCACUGCAAAACCCGUUGCAAGUUAAGGUUUAAAUAGCGGCGAUAAUGUGAGAAGGGUAUUCUUUGCCCAAGUACCUUACAUAUAUAUUUUAAUGUUUGAAUUUUACAUAUAUGGUAAAUUUAAUCCUUUUGGUAUCAGUAGCCUAUAGGCAGACGCAAUAACCUUGUUCCUGGAGAAGUAGGAAAAUUAUCUGUGGGGCAAUCUGUGGUUUAUGUAAUUUUAAUUAAUGUAGAGCUUUGCACUUUGCACUGCCAAACAUGUUGAGGCAUUUCAUUUCAUAUAUACGGGGAAACUAUGUUUUUCUCCCUUUUUUGUUUGUUUGUCUUUAGUGUGUGUUUUAGAGGCCUAUUGUCAUUGCCGUGUUUGUCUUUCCAGGUCAGUUGUAAGUUGUAAUAUUCUGUUUGACACUCAAUAGUCAUGUGUUCUAAAUUAUUUGUCAUUAAUUUAUUGCAUGGAUUAUUUUCCUUGCCUCA